CCUCUAUUUUCAAACGCCAUGUUUACUGCGCACCUCCAUCACUUCCAAUCGGCGCAACAGUAACGUACAGAUGCAACUGAGAAAGUCUAUUCCUGAGUGAAGAAAUGGAAGCUAUCAAGACAGAAGUACAUCCUUUGGAUGAUACAGAGCACGAUGAAUCUGAGGAAUCCUCACCCAAAACCAUGUCUAAACCCAAAGUCAAAAUGUUUGAUCUGGAAAUUGUUGAAGGAAAACGUGAGAAAAAAGUCAUCCAGAGACUUGAUAUGAUGAGUAAACCAAAGGAAAAGCCGAAGAUUGAGAGCAAAGGAAAAGGCGACAAGCUGGGAGACAUUGCACGAAUUAAUCACUCCAUCGGGAAGCUUAAAGCUCCUUUGCUCAAACCGCUGCAUAAGAUCCUAUAUGAUCGACCAGGAGCUGCAUCAACACUACGGAAAAAUCUGCGGCUCUUUAAUGGAUUUCCCUUUAAAGAGGACAGUGACCUUUACAACAAAAAGAUGGAGAAGGUGAAAAGGCUUCCCAAGAAGCUGCUCAAAACCAUCUGUCAGACUCUUGAUCUGGAGAGGAGUGGAACACAAGUUGUUCUGUCAGAGAGGAUUAUGAAAUUUCUCGCACAGCCAACCAACUCGGGAAAGCCUGUCCUGAAGAAAAAAAGGAAGACGACCAAAGAUGGCAAAAAAGAAAAGUCUUCAUCCAAGAGCAGAAAGCAACAAAAAAAAGUAGUAAGUGGAAAGUCCAAACCCAUUGUCACAGAUUCCAGUAGUGAUGAUGAUGACGAUGAUGAUGACGACGGUGAUGAAGAGAAGAGCAAAGGGAAGAGCAAGGGCACUGAGAAGUCUGCAAAAGCAAGUCAAAAACAUGAUGAUAGUGAAGAUAAAUCUGAUGAAGAGGAUGAGUCCUCGGAUGAUGAUGAUGACGACGACGACAAUGAUGAUGAUUCUAAAGAGGAUAGCAAGGAGGAAACGUCUCCUUCUCAGAAGAAAUCUUCCACUGGGAAGUCCCCAAAGAAAUCUGAAAAGAAGUCCGAUCAGAGUCCAUCAGAUGAGACAACCGAUGACAGUGACCUAUAUUGUGAAGACAAGGAUGCAAAAAAGACGAAAAAGAAGCCUGCAGCAAAGAGAAAAGCUCCAGCAAAGCCUGUCCCGAAAACGAAGAAAGCGGACAGCAGCAGCAACCGAAAGAAAAAGACGGCAAGCAAGAGAAAAGUUCUGCUUCUAGAUGAAAGUGAAAGCUCUGAUGAUGAUCAACCUUUGAUCAAGAUGAUUAAAAAACCACCAACCGAUGAGCAGUUGAAGGAGAAUGUAAAAGACCUCCUUAAAGACGCAAACCUGGAGGAGGUUACAAUGAAGCAGAUUACCCGACAAGUUUAUGACAUGUAUCCUGACUUCGAUCUGAGCAGCAGAAAGGAAUUAAUUCGUGAGACUGUUAAAAAUAUGAUAUCCUGAAGUGAUGAGAAGAAAAUGCCUUAUUUAAAAAAAGUCGACUAGGGUGAAGCUGGUGUAUGAAACUCGAUGUUCAUUGCACUGUUCACUGUUCUGUAGUUUUGUUUAUUUUAUACAAGUUCAGCUUUUUUGUAUUUUAAAGAUUCUUUUUAAGUUAGACUUUUGACAUUUGACAGCAAAUGAUGUGGAUUUUGGUUGUUGAAAUAUGCCACGUUUUUUAAAGUAAUUUUUGUUUCUUAAUUUAAAUGGCACGUGGCCAUACAAACUUACUAUAUUUCAUUUUGACCAGAAAUUCACAGUCUGUUUGUGCUAGAAAGGCCUGCAGUAUGAUGAUCAUGAAUUUGUUGUUUCUAAGAUACUGCAUGCAUGUUUUAGAAAGUUUUCAUUUUAAGGAUUGAUUUUACCUGUUAUUAGCUCUGGUUUUAGAUUUGAAGGUCUGAAUGUUGAUUGCAAAAACAAGAUAAUUUAGAUUAAAUCUGUCUGUUAUUUGGUUUCAACAUGUAAAGUUCGGCAGUGUUGGUUUCCAUCUCAGUGCUUUGCGUAAUAGUGGUGUCCAAACUCAAUCCUGGAGGGCUGAUGUCCUGCAGAUUUUAGCUCCAACUUGCUUCAACACACCUGCCAGGAAGUUUCUAGUAUAUCUAGUAAGAGCUUGAUUAUCUGGUUCUGGUGUGUUUGAUGUGGUUGGAGCUAAACUCUGCAGGACACCAGCCCUCCAGGACUGAAUUUGGACACCUGGCAUAAUAGAAAAAUUUGGGAUUUUAAUGCUAAUGUGUAAAAAGCAAAAAGCUUAGAGUUUUUUUGUUUUAUUUUAAUUGGAUUUUCUUUUUUGUAAAUAUGCUUGUUAUGUGUAUUUUACUCUCUUAUAUUUUAAUACAAGUCAUAGGAAGCAAACAAAUCAUAAUUCUGUGAUGAUACUCCUUCAUAUCAGCAGGUCAGAAAUGUAGUUUAGGUCCCAUGCUAAGACCAGAUUUGAUCUGUUGUAAACACUGACCUCGGUAACCAGUUAUUAAUUAUUGUCAUAUUACAUCAAUAAUGUC